AUGUUUCAUAGCAAUGGUUCGCAGCAGUCUGCGCCUUCGGGGAUCCAGAAACCCCGUCGGGAUGGGGAUAUCGCCACAGCUAUCGCGGCAUGCGCUGGCAUGCGGUUCCACACUCCGUUCGCUGCUACCGAUCUUUCCCAACGUGAGGGAUGUACGGACGGUGGCGGAAGAGGACUGCUCGUGGUGCAGCCGAUCGCAUACCUACACCGAAGAUUAGGAGCAGGAACCAGGCCGGAUAAGUGCCGCGCGAGGAGAUGCGGAUACAGUAGUAGCGGUAUGGUCAUUGCGCUCAUUGAGACUGCACUGGCAGGCGUUCUGCCAGUAGUCACGAUCGCAGAACCGGUGUCGGCCAUCGACGGUAUAAACUUCGCCGAGGACGUUCACGCGGGGCUGCUGUCCGUCCUUGCACUCUCUUCCUGCCGGUGUCAAAGACGCCAGACUUUGCGCAUUGCAUCCAACGCCUAUCCUCUUGCUAUGAUUCCUAUAACCUGCAACGCUGUCGGCGACAUCAUUGCAGUUGUCCAACUGAUCCAUAAGAUAGUCAAAGCACUAGAUGACUCGCAUGGAGCGCCCGCGGAAUAUAGACGUUUCAUUCACAUUUUGACAGCUCUCGGCGAAGUGAUGGACACGAUAUACGAACUUGCGGAGAAGUCGUCGGACGAGAACCUACGGCAUAUUGUGCUACGUGAAGUCCAGCACUGCUGUGCGGAUCUCAAUGAGGCGCAAGAAUGCGUCGCUGGCUAUGAGAAGCUGCAGGAGGCGUCUUCCAGCUCGUCACUCAGAGCCCGCCGAGAUCGGGUUCUGACGAAACUGCAGUGGCACUUGUUGAAGGUUUCUGACGCGAAGACAUACGCGGAGCGUCUCAGUGCUAGUCAUGUGAGGCUGAAUGGCCUCAUCACGCUGCUCAGUCGAACGUCGAUACAUCAGCAGAUCCACGAACAACGGCUUCUUGCACACGAGCAUACCCGCCAAGUUCUGCAGAUGGGAGAGGACAUAAAAGCGGCGAACCUUGUGGCCCUACACGAAGUGUCCUUGCCCGCUCGUCAACAGGUCGCGACUCAGGUUCUGUCCUUGAUACCGCAAGAACGGCAGCCCGUGUCCCUCUCAAAGCGGAUGUUGAAUAAGAUCUUCGACGCAUGUGCCCCUCAGGCUUCUAGCUCUCAACGCGAAGACUUCAUCGCUCGGGUUGAGCCACUCGUCAAGGCUGGCGCAGCCUAUGCCAUCUAUGCCGCUCUAGGACCACAGUGGCAGAUACCGGCCUUAUGGACCGCUGUAUCUGCGCUCGCUCUUCAGGUCCUGUGGAUGAAGUCGUCCCCGCCAGAAAGGGUUGCCGGGUCUGGAGACAUCGUCAUUUUGACUGACUUACUCGGCGAGAAGAUAUCGGUGCCGUUUCAAGUUUGUGGCUCAUUCGAGACAUUUCAUAGAUUCUUAGAAGGUCUGUACACGUCAACACAACGAUUGGGUCACGAAUACGUGCAACAUGGACUAUACGAGAUAAUCUACGAUGCGGAGACUUCGGAAGUCGUUACAUCUGCAACGUGGAAACGCCAUGUCCGCCCAAAUGCAUCAAUCGUGAUGGGUCUUGUGGUAGCGGACGGAUGUGAUGGAGAUCAUGACGACCCUACUGCUACCUGCCCUUAUUGCAGCUGCGAAAUGCCAACCAUCAUGACGGAUCUUACUCGCGCUAUCAACUGUACGGAUUGUGAGCGCACUUUCUGCUUAACAGAUGUGUUCGUUUCGAUUGCGGGCAUGAUCCCAAUCAUGUUGACCACAGUGGAGAAUGGACGGCGUUCGCUACCGGCACGGAACGGAUCCCAUACCCGUCAUACCAAUCGCAUACUAGAGAGCCAGAUCAAGCUCUCCGGUGGUGCCGAUGUCGAACUCGAUGAGUUACAAAUCCCUGACGAAAUCAUAAGAGUCCGUGUGAUGAAAGUGCACACUGGAGAUCACACUCGUCACCGUGUUCCUGUAGACAUCAGCUACGAAACAAACACAAUCAUCGAAGCUGCUCGUGCUGGCAGACUCCCUAUGGCGGAACUUGACUGGAUGUACAUUCACACCAUUGCAGACAGCCUACCGAGUUUAUCUCGAUUCGACUCCCAGGAAGAGCGCGAAUGGGGAUUUCGGGAGCUACGCCAGAUUCGGGAUAUAUUCCGUCGUGUUCGCGAACAAUACGUGCAUGGCUUCCCCGACAUCAAUGGCACGGUUCAAGGGCCACAAAUCAUGACCGCUCAGAGUAUUGCGAAGAUGGUCUCGGUUUUGGACGCCUUCUUCGAUAACCCUUCACUUGUUAGGACUAAUCUAUGGGACGGCUUGUUUGACGAGCAUCUUGUCGAGUGGCUUCCGGAUGGCGCAUCUCGGCGAUAUGAUGCGCUUAGUAAAGCGCUCAAGGAGCUUCAAGGCAUUACCUUAUGA